CAGGGCGGUGGGCGUGGCCGCGAGGAGGAGGGGGCGGAGCUCCGCCGCCCCGAUCCCCACCGCUUUUGUUCCGCCGGAGGCGAAGCGACCGGAGCGGCUUCGAAAUCCCCGGAGCCAUGUCCUACAUCCCGGGCCAGCCCGUCACGGCCGUGGUGCAAAGGGUUGAAAUCCACAAACUGCGCCAAGGCGAGAACCUCAUUCUGGGCUUCAGCAUCGGAGGUGGCAUUGACCAGGACCCGGCUCAGAAUCCCUUCUCGGAGGACAAGACGGACAAGGGCAUUUAUGUCACUCGCGUGACUGAAGGUGGACCAGCAGAAAUGGCCGGAUUACAAGUCGGGGACAAAAUCAUGCAGGUGAACGGCUGGGAUAUGACCAUGGUGACUCACGACCAAGCCCGCAAGCGGCUGACCAAGCGGAACGAGGAAGUGGUCCGGCUGCUGGUGACCAGACACUCCCUGCAGAAAGCGGUCCAGCAGUCCAUGCUGUCGCAGCCCUGCCACUGAGCGGGGACGAGCGACGGGCCUUCAGGACGCGGCGGAGAGAUGUUGAAGGUGGACCAGAGAGCUUUUAUCACCUGCUGACCUGAGAAACUUUUUUUUUAAAAAGACAGACGUCUCCCAACACACCUAUGCAAAAAAUGACUGUUACAACGGGGUGUCCCCGGAGAGGGUACCUCGGGGGUAGGGGGGCAGUUUGAUACCCACUGGAUCAAAGACGGCGGGCAUCAAACCGCAAACGAGGGGAUAGCCUGGCUUUGAUCCACUGGGAACCACCUAAGACUGUGAUGGUGAAUCACAUGCCCACAGAGCCAUAUCUGUGGGCAUGUGAGCGUUGCUCUAGCUCAGCUCCAGCGCGCACAACUGAUUUCAGGCCUUCUGGGCCCACUGGAAGUUGAGAAAUGGGUUGUUUCCGGCCUCCGGAGGGCCUCUGGGGGGAUGGGGACGGCUGUUUUUGUCCUCCCCGGGCUCCAAGCAAGCCUCUGGAGUCUGGGGGGGAAAUGGGCCCACUGUGUCAUCACGUGCCAAAAGCGGGGGCUUUGUGCACAUACGCGUGGGAGGGGUGCAUUGAACUAUGAGUGUGAGCACGUACGCACCCCGCCUCCCCCUGUGCUCCCACUUUUGGCACGCGAUGACAAAAAGGUUAGCCAUCACCGACCUACGAGCUUUUCUCCCAGAAAUCCAGUGGAUGAGUCCGUCCUUAAAUUUUCCGUUUUUGUUAAGGCGAUCACCUUGAGGGACAAGAUGGCCGCCUAAUGCGCUUCUUGCAGUCCUCGUAGCCAGACCAAAGUUUUUACUGCCGACAUCUAGGAUCCCGCACGGCUUUUGUGUUAAGAGACAUCCAACCGUUGGCUUGUCUCCUCAGAGGCACCAAGAAGGCCCCGAUAGACGGGGAUUUGAAACCGGUUCCCCUUUCCAGAAGUCCUCAAAUGAAGGCGAACAGUUUCAGUGGCCUUAAGCCUUCGUCUGCCUGGCCUUCCGCUCGGCCAGAGUUCCUGUUAACCGCGAUUGGUCGGAAACAGGCCGACGUUAGCGACUCCCGUUGUGUCGGGAGGCCGCUGUUUCCAGUCUCGAGCGGGUCUCUCAAUUUUUCCAAAGUUAGCUUCCAAUCGUGACUGUUGUGCCAAAUUUCUUCCCCGAAGGCCUUUUUCUACUUCUUGUAAAUAACGUCCCUUCCAACAUUUGUAUCACUAAUUUAUUUUAGUAUAUUACUGCUAUUUUGACUCGUGAGUGGUGCCGUGGCCUAGAGGUGGAGCUCUCGCCUCAAAAUCGGGAGCCUGUGAGAUCGAUCCUAGGUAGAGGCAGAUAUUUCUCUCUCUGGACACAAUAUAUCUGCCGAACAAAACUCUGCAAUGGCAACAGGAAGAGCACCCGGCCAUUAAAACAUUCUGGUAGCUCCAUUCAGUUGCCCAGAUUCCACCCUGCAAGGGAUUAUGGGAUUGUUAAAAUGAUGAUGAUGAUGAUUAUGAUGAUGACUGCUACUUUGACUUGUUUAACUUUCGGGCCCUUAAAUCUCAGCCUGUCUUGCAAAGAAAAUGUGUCAUAACCUUUCUAUCUGUUUCUUAUCCCUCUAAUUUGUCUUUUCUAAGCAGAAAUGGCGGUGGGAAGGAUGGUGGUGGGUUUUUUUUGACAAAGCCUUGUGGGUUUUGUUUUGUUUUUUUUGUAUUGCCGGAUCGCAUUGGUUUAGUUCGGAGGUUAAAGCAACCAACGGGGGGUGCUGUAGAUCGUUUUACAAAAUAAACCAAGCUGGACUUCUGA